AUGUUUGUUCGGCCGACAUGUUGUUGGAAAUUGGACUGGGACGAGCUGGAAUCAAACCAACAAGAUUUUAAUUCCUUGUGUAAAGUUCUAAAUGAGAAGGUAGGCAGUAUUGUCCAACCAACCCAAAAUAUUCCCAAUACAAUUACCAACUACCACAUUAUUGAACAUUCUAUGUCAGAGGCGGAUCUACCUGUGGGGUAGACCCCCUCCCCCUUCAGUGGUGUCCAACAUCCUCCCUUGAAGAAAACUCUGGUAUUCCAUAUUUGAGUUGUGCAUACUACUUAUUAUAUUGAAACGAUUGAUUCUUGAAUACGCGAGGAAGUAUUCAAGCACCAAUACGGUGGAUGACCAUAUAACGUAGCACUAGAUUUUUGCCCGAAAUAUAAGUCGUGUGAGGAUAAAUUUAACAAAUAUAUAUAGUGCUCAGAAUGCAGGAAAUGGCUUCAGGAUUUCCAAUUAUUUAAAAAAAAUUUCUGGCGAGCAUGACGCCGGACCCCACUCCCAGUAGUAAUACACCCCCUCUGGAAAUCUUCCAGCCAUUUGAAGACGUGCAUGAGAAGUGAUACUCAGCAAAUUAGGUCAGCGCUACAGCAGAACUUUCUCAAUAAUAAAGCCACUAUUUCAAGCUAACCAAACAGUGUUAAUAAUAGUCCACAAACUUUCGCGUUACAACCGUAUUUAAUGAUUUUAUUUUGGUCGUUGUCGUUGCUUUGUCCUUCAUUGUAAGGUCUCUGAUCACUCAUACACACGAAAACGAGUUUUUAUGACCAAAGUGCAUGACGCAUUUUAUAUUAUUCCAUGUAUAUUAUUCCUUUCAUAAUACUUAUGGAGUUUUGACGAAUUUCUCCUCGCGCCACGAUGGUGAAUUUCGUUGUUUGUGAUAAGAUAAUUGGCCUGCAGUAAUUCCAUGGAAACCUAAGGGACUGGUCAUAAAGUAACUGCUAGGGUGAGCUGGAGGUAAAUCACAAAUUUUGCCAAUAAGUUUGGUGACCCAUCUUGGGAUGUCGAUAAAAAUUUCAAAGCCCAUCUAAUCUUACAAAAAAAUUUUCAUGACCCACCCAAUCUAAAUUGGGAAAAUACACUUUUAUAAUAAAAAAAACUUGCAGGUAUGAACAUUGUAAAUAUAUACACGGCACUGUAUUGAUAUACAUAAUUCCACCAAACUUGACCAACACAUUGAUACUGAGCUGCUCUCCAGUCGGUUGUAUUUGCUGUGAUUCGACCACUUCUUCUUGUUGUAUAAACAAAGUACUGGCUUCAAUAGCAUUAUUUGCAUUUGAUAAUUUGGACAGUUUUGUUUACUUUUAUUAUUAAUAUCUUUAUUAAAUUUGAAGUAGACACGCAUGGGUUUUUGUUUGGUUGCCCAAUCGUGGACAUACAAAAAAAUUGGUGGCCCAUCAAAACUGCCCAAAGAUUUUCCAUGGCCCAUCCCAAAUCACUCCAGCCCACCCUAGCAGUUACUUUAUGACCGGUCCCUAAGUUGAUCUAUUUUUUGGCAGGAUUUGUCUCUUAUACUGAAAUCAGAAGUGGACGACGCCAGCGCGUCUACACAUCCUCAAGCUUGCUACCUGAUCAUGGCGUCUUCAAACUCAACUUUGCUUAUCAAACCUGUAGUCAUGCAAGAACUUAUGUUACCUUCAAAUUUCCCUUCACUUUCCGAGAAAACUUCUCAACAAUCAACUGAGAUAAUCGAGGACUGUUUAGAUAUG